GGAGAAUGAGGAAUGGGAAAUGAAAAAAAUAAUUAUAAAAAAAUAGAGAUAAAGAGCGUUGAUGAUCCCUGCCUGGACACAGAAAAGUCUUUAACAAAGCCACGGAUAUUACCUAUGCGAAGCGAAGAAGUGGCAGUCUACGAUUCGAUUCGAUCCCGUGUACUGUGUGAUCAAACUGCAAAUCAUUGAGAGGAGAGAACCAGAUGGGAAGUAGGAGUAGAGGCAAUGGAAACUACACAAACCCAUGUCUCACAAUGCAUCAGCCCUGGGCUUCUUUGCUUGUUCAUGGUAUCAAGCGCAUUGAGGGCAGAUCUUGGCAUUCCCCUAUCAGAGGCCGACUUUGGAUUCAUGCUGCUGGCAAGGUCCCAGAUCCGGCCACAAUCAAAGCAAUGGAGGACUUCUACAGGGAAAUUUAUGCAGUGAAUGGGAUAACAGAUCUCAAGUUUCCAGAACAUUAUCCAAUUUCCAGAUUGUUAGGUUGUGUUGAAGUGGUUGGUUGUGUUACACGUGAAGAGCUAGUUUGCUGGGAGGAGCUCCCUGAAGGGGUUAGGCUAGAGGGCCAAACAGAUUAUUGCUGGCUUUGUGAGCAACCACAGAAAUUGAUAGUACCAUUUGAAAUGCGUGGCUUCCAAGGUGUUUAUAACUUGGAGAAGAAGAUAUAUGAGGCUGCAGCCAGAGGUCUUUGUCCGGUUAAAGCUCCAUUGCCUGUCAAGUUCCCACUUCCGAAUCCACGAGAUCCUUUCUCAUUGAAGCCGGGAUCACUUGCAUCCAACUCAAAUGGCUCCAAAGCAUCUGAGACUGAGAAACGACCGAGUCUCAGUGCAGCCAUAGCUGGUGCCCAAGCAGCUGCCACACAGUUCUCAAAGAAGAACAGUGACCGACCUAUGAUUCAAGACCGAGAUAUGCCUGUUUCCACAAGAACGAGGAACAAAUGGAAGGAGGAGAUUGAAACUUCUAUUGAGGCUCCUAAUGUCUGAAUUUUCAAGGUGAAAAUUUCAGUCCAUAUUCUCAUGACGGAGUUUUCCUUUUGUACCAUAUCUGUAAUUGUGAAAUUGUCAAGUUGAGAAGUAAAUUCGGCCACAUUGUGAAAAUGGAAUAAAUGACCGUUAAUCUAUUGGAGUUGGCUCACUAAUAUAUGUUUGCAACUAUUUUAUUUA